CACAACAAAGCAGAGCCCGCCUUUCCUCUCCUCCGCAUCUUUGCAAAGUUACACUUUAGUUGCGACACCCUGUUGCUGUGAGACGGGCCCGGAGGGGCACCUGUUCCUUUCCUGCCUCUUCCUUGCGAGCCAGUCCUCCUUGGCAAAAACAUGGCAAGCAUUCAAGACCUCCCCGACGACGUUUUGCUGGCGGUGUUAUGCCUGCUCCCGAUCAACGAGCUGAUCUGGAAUUGCCAGCUGGUUUGCUCGCGGUGGCGAGAUAUCCUGCACAGCCCUUUCCUGUGGAAGCGCAAGUACCAGGAAGAGGACGCCGACCUGAAGAUGCCAAAGACCUUCUACAUUUUCUGCCACUUGGAGAAGAACUUAAUCAAGAACCCUUGUGGCGAAGAGGGAUUACACUUCUGGGAUACGGCCACACCCUCCAACGGGCAGUGGAAAGUUAAAGAUGUUUUUGAAAAAGACUCAGCAAAGCUGCAGGCCUGGGACUUCCUUCAGAGGAAUAUUUAUAUAAAAGACGAGUGGAUACCCUAUCAAGAAGUUGAAAAAUGCUUUGCUGCGUACAACGGGCUCUGCACAAAGUCUCAGCUCAUCACGUUGAAGGAUGAAGGUUACUGGGAUCAGCUGAUGGAUGACGGGAGACCCACAAUUGUGGUGAAGGAUUGGUUUUUUAGCAGCUUCAACAGCCAUUACAAGUUGUGUGUGAAGCUGUUGUCCGAGGAUUUCCAGGUCAUCCGGGAGUAUGACUCCGGGGAUAAAUACAAAUACGACUCGGAGUACAACGACGAAUGGCGCCAGGCCUCGCACGCUUUCCACAACGUCCCUCCGGGAAUCCGUCACAUCUUCUUCCAGCACCAAGGCCAGCAUUUCAACUGGCAGCAAUCGAGCUGUGGCACCAAACUAAUGAAGUGCUUGAAGAUGGCCAAAGAGAGGGGGAAGUCCCAAAGGAUGAGGAUUACCAAAACGAGCGUCACCAUUGGACCGUUUUCCCUAGACAAAACCAUGCACCACAGACACGGCCGAGACAUUAGACACUGUCACUUCGGCCAAUGUCCCUGCCGGGGGAACUACGUCCAUUGGUCACUUGCGCCAAAGUGCAAAUUGGGUGCUUACCACUGACCAGGGUUCAAACAGCCUCUGCUCUUCUGAAGCCGCCUACGACAGAGCAGGCCCAGAGGCAAGUUCUUGCAAACCUUUUCCUCUCCCCCCGCACCCCAAGAAAAAUUAAAAGUGAAGUAGUGGUACCAGAAACAGGGUGAAGUGGCCCAGAGGUAGCUAUUUCCUUCUCCUUCCCUCUGCAAUAAAGGGCAUUUUUUAAAAGAAAGCACGCCCAGAAUCCAGACCGUACGACAGGAUGGACUUUAUUGGGCGCCACAAUAUAUAUAUAUAUAUAUAAAUAUAUAUAUAUUAGACUACCACGAGGCAUCGAAACACAAAAACCAUUUGUGCAGUUGGCUUGCAAUGUCUACCGUCGGGAAAACUACUGCCUCCAAAGCUUUCGAACGCUUCACCGUUAACGUUUUGCUCUGCCCCACCCACCCCAAGUGCACAAGGAGUAAGAACACAAGCAAAAAUAGUGGGGAACAGGUGGAACAAAUUCUUUUUUUUUUUUCCCCUCCAAAAGGGUCUGUUUUUUUCUUCCACCGUCUUUGCAAAAAUGUUGUAACGUUCUGUGUUAAGUACUUUAUUGUCCCUGCUAUGUUGUGACACAACGGCCUGGAUAAUAAAACCU